AUGGCUUCCGCCGCUGUCAAGAACGACGAUGCCGUCACGUAUUCGGCAAGGCAGCAGCAACUGCCAAUCUCUCCAAACAACACCGUCACGUCAGAGUCUGAUGGCUCUGUCAGUGACGAAGAGAGGGGCUUGUUCAAGCUGGAGCUGGAGCUGGCUAUUGCGGACCGCAACAACAGCGAUCUGAAGCGGGAGAUUCAGCGCCUAAAAAGUGAAGUCGACGCCGGUGAGACUCGUGAGAGGGAUCUGGAGCAGAUGAACGCGCUCAACGUCAUCACGGCCUCCAAAGCGGAGUCACUUCGCGCGCAAGUACAAGCGCUCGGAUCCACCAUUAAGCAAAAGGACACCGAACUGAUCAUUGCACGACGCGCUACGGCUACAGCGGUACAAGAUGCACGGAAUACCCGCGAACAGUCCGAGGCCAGCAUCCUUAGUCUCCAGAGUAGAGUCGUCUCUCUUGAGGGCGAGCUGUCUAAUGCCAACACACGCUCGAAAGCGACGGCCAUCAGUCAAGUGAUAUUUGACGAUCUGCAAACGCAGAUUGACCAGCUCUCGACUCAGAAUCAUCAGUAUGUUCGGGAGGCGGACAUUAGUACUACCGAUGCGCAGCGCCUGCUGAGCAAGAUCGACGGUCAAAAGAGAGAUUUGGAAGAUCUUCAAGAGAAAGUCGUGAAUGCUGAGGCAGCCCGAGAUCGGCUCAUUACGGCAGAGGCGCAGAUGCAGGCGGAUAGGAACAUCCAAGCUACCGGACAUCCUCCAUCCUCUGACCGCCGUGUGGACGAGGAGUCGGAAGCAGAGAACGAAGUCAACAUCCUCAAGGACAAGCUCGCUGACCUCAGGUGGAACGCACUCGACUAUGUCAUCGACCUUGAUCUAUCCAACAGAAACUUCCGAGCCUUCGACUGCGAGCACGGUAAUGUCAGAGAUGUUCCCGACGGAAGGAACUCAUCGUAUGGGCCUACCGCUAUCAGGGUAGCACAGGACAUCUUUCGGGAUUGGCAGGAUGACGAACAAUUCAUGAGGGGGUAUACAAAUCGCCGACAGAAGCUGAUCAGGCAUCACAAGGCUCACGGGCGCAUUCAGGAAGGGAACGGUGUUCGGUUCUGGCUUCUGCGCGACGAGUUCAACGGUCUUGACGCUCAACGUGGUGUUGAUGUUACAUAUACUUGA